GAUGAGAUGUGAAUACGCUCGUCGAUGCGCACUUCUCACCUUCAAGUGUUCAAAUCUUCAUACUUUUCAAUUAGUUGAUGUGCUUGUUUAUUUAUAAAACUAAUCCAUAACGUCAAAAUGACGACGAGUCAGACAUCCGUGUUAAAACUGUACAAUUCUGUAGUGGACGAUGUCAUUACCGGAGUACGGGAUUGUUUUCUCGAUGAUGGUGUAGAUGAACAAGUAUUACAAGAAUUAAAACAAUUAUGGAAAUCCAAAUUAGUCGCUAGCGGCGCUAUGGACCCUCCUCAACCGGAGCCACCUGUUAUGCCUCCUCCUCCACCAGUCUUACAAAACUUUCAUAAAGCAAAUGGUAGUCAUUUAUUACAAAAAAGGCCUGAUAUGGUUCCACAGACUUCGGGACAAUCUGGAGUGGAACAUGGCGCUCCAGCACAAAAUAUGGGAGGUGGCCAUCCCCACCCUGUUCUUGACCCUAAUAAUAAGGUACCAGUACAAUUAACCCUACCUGCACAACCCAAUGUGCCUGGUUCACAGCCACGUUCCUUUACAAUACAAAUACCUGCAUCAGCCCUUAAUGGAAAUAAACUCCAUCAAGUUUUAACGGGACCAAUUAUCAAUGCAACCAUCAGUUUACCGCAGCCCUUAGCUGCAACCUUGCUUCAACAACACAUAAAUUCAGCACUGGCUGGUCAACAAAAUGAAUUUGAUGGCGGUGGAGGUGGCCGAAGUGGUGCAGCACCAUUCUCAUUAGAUGGUGCUAUGGAUUCCUCUGACGAUGAAGGUUCUAACGUUGGAGAUGGAUCGGAAGAUGGGGCCGGUGAUGAUGAUGAGGAUGAGGAAUCUGCAGAGGAGAGAGCUGAAGAGGAAGAAGAGGAAAGGGAUGAAAGUGGUGGUGCGGAAGAGGAACCACUAAAUUCUGGAGAUGAUGUUUCAGAUGAAGAGCCCGGCGACAUGUUCGACACUGACAAUGUAGUUGUAUGCCAAUAUGACAAGAUCACGCGCACACGUAAUAAGUGGAAAUUCUAUUUUAAAGAUGGCAUUAUGAAUCUAUCUGGUAAAGAUUUUGUUUUUCAAAAGGCCAAUGGCGAUGCUGAGUGGUAAAGAGAUUGAUAUUAAUUUAAUGUGAUUGAAUGUUUAACGUUGGUGUAAAUUUGACUGUUGUCUGUUAUGGAACAAAAAGACAUUUGGCAUUACUGUAAGAAUUUUCUCUUUUUUCACGUUCAUUGACUUUAACCAAUUCUAAGACUGAAAUACUUUAAUUUUGUUAAAUCAAAUGUUUUAUUACUUGUGCAUUACCUUACUAGCUUAAAAUUUAAUCUAGACCAACAAAUACAGGUAUUUUUUAAACAAUUGUUUUAAAGGUCAGCCUUAAAGAUAUAAACCUUGAACAUAUAAAUGCUGUAACGGUUGAAGUCAAUGCUGUGUUUGCUCAUUGAUAUUUGAUAACAAUGUGAUUUAAAUUGAAAUAUUCAAAAAUAUUAUUCAAGCUUCACAAUAUUUAACCAUUAUUUAUCCAUAGUCUUCAGUGCCAUAAAUGUUAACAUUCUGUUAGGAAGCAUAAUCUCGACCAAAGCUCUAUAAUCUAUAUAUAUAGUAACUGAUCCAUAGAAGUUUUAUGGUCAAGAAAAUUUGUUGCAUUUCAAGUGAAAAUAAAUAAUUCACAUUGUUUUAAACAUAAGUAAUGUCAAAAUGUAAAAUAUCAUUAUCAUACUUCAAAAGGUUAAUAUCAUUGCAUAUAUAAUUUGUGAUUUGUAUUGCUUGUAUAGGUAAGUCGAAAGAUAUCAAACAUGUACAUUGUACAUUUAGUAUUAAUGCAAAGCAAAUAUGAAAACAAUAGUUUUGUAUCUCAAGCUUGAAUGAUUAAAUUGAUAUCCAUAUAAUCUAUCUAGGAAAUUGCUAUAUUAUCACUACUUAUGAUUGUGUACAUUGACAAAAAUAGUAGUUAUGAUUACUAAGUUUUGAGUUCUAUAGUAUUUUUGAAAACAAACAAUUUUUAUAGUUUAUUGUCAUCUGUGUAAGCUGUGUAUAUGUAUUUUUUAAUUUUUAUGUAAUUUAAUGAGGAUAAUAUAUGUAUAAAUAAUCUAAAUUACACUGGGCAUAAACCAAAAAUUACACCUAUAAACAAAAUUUAAAUCAAUUCUUACCUGUUCAUUAUAAUUUUCAGGUUAAUUAGUAUCCUAUGGUAUUUGCGGUAUGCAAUAACUAAAUUUGGAUUUGUUUCAUGUUUGCCUUCAUUAUAAUAUGUCCAUAUUUCCUUGUAAAAUAAACAUUCUUGAUUUAAUAAUUUUGUUUAUAAUAAGUAUGUAAAUUUAAUUUUUAUUUGCACAAAAAUCAUUUUGUUUUCUAGUAUCUUUAACACUCACCAAUAAAUCUAAUGUGAUAUGAUUUAGUGCUUAAUUUAGGUAAUAUAAUCCUUAAUAGGAAAUUCCUAGUUAAUAAUAUUAUGUCUGAUGAAUUUCUUUCUAAAUAUGUACCUAGUUUACUUCUCAAAUUUAAUUUAAGUUUUCCGUGGGUUCGUUUAUAUAAUUUGUUUUAAUGCUGAAAUUGAUGAGAAUGGUGAUAAUAAACAUGUUGCAUUCUAA